UAAUUAUGGAGGGAGUGAUUAAAGAUAGUCUACAAAAGUCUACAAAAAUACAACUUUAAGGGAAACUUCUUUCCACAAUCAAGCAAUCAAUCAACAAUACAACAAACACUGUAAAGUAAAGGGCAUUGUAUUUGUCCGACCAACAUUCUCUGAACAACUGUAUCAUCACUAUUUGAGCACACUUCAAAACGCGACGAAAGAACUUCAAAAUGUUGACAAAUAGUCGACGAAACAAGAUGCAGCAAAAGCUCUUUCCAGCGCCUUGUCGCUACAGCUGUACACUCAAACCGCUUUUGCUAGCGGCCGCAAUUAUGUUAGUGCAUUCAAUUGCACCGUCUAGCGCCAGCGUACAUCCGGUACUCACAUACACAAACGCAUCCACACAGCUGGGUCAACUGGUCACCUCCAGCACUUUGGUGUGGGAGACGUACGACCCAAAGGAUCCCAAGCAGCUAAAGUUUGCGGUCGAGGGCGGUAAAUACAUUACCGAGGACGAACACUAUCCCAUCUAUGUGUGUCGUGUGACCAUCGAGGGCAUCACCACCAGCGGUCAUACGGAGAAGAUACUACAAUCACAUGUUUGUGUGGCGGCACAUUACAAGCAUGGCAAGUACGAACAGUUCGAUGUGUUGGUGAAUAAGGGGCACCUUGGCAAGAUUAUGUGGAAGCAUUGGCGUAAAUUCAAUGCUGGCAUACCCAUUGGCGCCAUACGCAUCGGAGAGGAUGACUAUAUUGGCCGCCAUAAAGCGCCAUCAACGGGCGAGAGCGGCGCUGAGCAUCGCGGUGCCGAUUAUAAUUUGGGUCGUUUGGAUCCAUUGGGUUUGGGUAAAAUCAAGGUUAUUGAAAGUGGUCGCGAUAAGGACUAUGAUGAGGGUGAGGUGUUGAUCGAGACCGAACCGUUUCGUUAUGAAUUGCGAGACAUCAAAUUGGAUAGCAUACGGCUGGAUAUGCGUGAGAACAUCACUGAUUUGGCUUCCAGCGUGCUGGCCAACCGUGGCGAUAUGUACAUCCUAGUAGAGUCCGUUAUGACUUACGAAUUUGAUUAUGUGCAGUACUGGGGCUCACACGAAGGCGUGGCACGUGGCUUGCCCACAAAAGUCUACGAGAAAGAUGUCACCGUGCCAACCGAAGUCAAAUGGGGUUUGAAAUAUGUCGAAAAACGAUCCGAAACGAAGUCGGUGCAUACAAAACUCUGGCCAGGCACAGCUUUAAAUGUUACCUUGAAGGGUAAUUAUGUGACGCUGGAAGCACCCUACAGCGCCAAAUUGUAUGCUUUCUAUUAUGGCAUUGACGAUAGCGUGUCGCGCAAGAUCACAGCGGAGGUGCGCAAAAGCUACUUGAAAGACGUCAAACUUGAAUUCAGUCCCGUCUAUUGGAUUGAGAAUGGCACCUUUGUACCGACCACUACCACAACUUCAACCACAUCCACUUCCACCACUACGAAUCCCACUACAACCAGCCGCGAACCAGUGCCUAUGCAUGAACCACCAGUCGUGCAAUUGAAAAAUAUCGGCGAAACACAUUCGGGUCCCGAUUCGUUGGAGAAAUCGUUGCAGGACUCACCGCUCAGCAAUGAGAUACCCAGCGAUGUACCCGAGAAUUUGGCUGCCGAACAGCAAAAGACUUUACUGGCUGGCGUAACGGUAACAGGUAGUGGGCAACAACAAUUACAACAACAAAUAUAUGCGCUGCUCAUAGCGCUGUUUGCGGUGACGCUGUGCGAGCGUAUGACGCUGCGACGCAUUUAGAUUGACUUGGUGACCGCGCGAAGGGAAUUAGCUGGCGUUUGGAUGCAGAGUUGUUGAGGACUGGCGAAGUGUUGGGCAGCUUUCGGAGUGGGGUGUUGUAGGCUUAAGUGAUUCAAAUGGAAGUUUUGCAUAUGAUUUGCUAGCUGUUGCGCCUGCAGCUGGCUAGUGCAGCGCUGUUUGUUUAUUUUUCUAUUUUUUUAUUAUUAUUUUUUUUUUUAACAAAGCUUAGUAGUCGAGUAUUGUAUUUGAAAGUUCACUUUUGAGUUUACGAGUUCGAAUUCGUUUUCUUUGUUAGCUACUGAUAAAUUUUGAGCUAAGAAAUGCAUAUUUUAAAAUCAAAAAAAAAAAAGG